UUGAGGACAUAGAGUAAGUUGAGAAUAACACCACUGAGUAUUGUAAGAAAGAGAAUAUUUAUAGCAAAUCAAGUUUGUUGAAAGGUGCGUUUGUUUGAGGUUUGGUCAUGUGAAUUUAUCCUUUAUAGCUCCAUGGUUUAUUGACGAUUGACGAAGAAGUUUUUAACUGUAUUGGACUCUAUUGGUGUAUCAUCACAAAGGUUUUGCUGUUAAGCUGUUUGUGUGACGUCCUCACUAAACCAUGGUUAAUGUAUUCGUGGUGUCCAGUGUGGCACUACUUCUUGUGUCUCGGAACGCCUUGGCAUUGGAGAAAGGUGAAAUUCUGGACAUGUCUUACGACUUUGGAGAAACUACGUUAUAUUGGCCAGGUGGUGGGUUUGACUUCACUAUAACAGUUCGUGGGCCAGAUGGGACUGUUCCAUGGUAUGAAGAAAAUAAAUUUGCGGCAGCAGAACACGGUGGAACUCACCUCGAUGCCCCUGCCCACUUCUCAGAAGGCAAACUACGAGUUCAUGAAAUACCCAUCAGUAAAUUGGUUGGACCCGCAGUACGAGUUGACAUCUCAAAACAAGCCUCAAAUAAUCGCAAUUAUCAAUUGACUACCAAGGAUCUUCACGACUGGGAAGGAAUCAAUGGGAAAAUACCAGACGGUUGUUUACUGUUUGUUUACACCGGUUGGGGAGCUUUCUAUCCCGACCGUCUGUCGUACUUCGGAUCCACUCGGGAUGAUACCUACCUUGAUGAUCAGGGUAAUUCGUUAUAUCAGUUCCCAGGGAUCGCUCCCGAAGCUGCUUCGUGGUUGGUGUCAAAUCGACAGAUAUCGGGCAUUGGAAUCGACACGCCCUCUGUUGACUACGGACAAAGUCUUGAUUUUUUAGCUCAUCGGAAUCUGUUAGCUGCCAAUGUAUAUGGAAUGGAGAACGUCGCCAACUUGGAUAAACUACCUACUACGGGAGCUAGAGUACAUGCUUUGCCUAUGAAGAUUCGUGGCGGUAGUGGGGCACCAUUACGUAUAUUCGCUAUGCUGGAAGUCAAUGACUACGCAACCAUUCAACCAAUCAUUGCAAUGAUCUUUUCAGUUAGCAUUUUAAUCAUUGUAUUUCACUACCUGAAACAAUAGGCCUAAUGUCUUCAUUUGUUCUGAAACCAUAAAGUGGAAAUGUCUGAAACUGAAGAAUAUAUGUUGUACAUCUUCAACAUUUUUACAUCAAAUCGAUUUAUCCAAAUAAACUCUAUUAUAAGAACAAAAUAUGACAAAAACUAGGGAGGUUUAGCUGCACGUUAGGGGAGCAAAUACAUGAAAGUUACGCACAAACAGUAUACGUUAACGUGAACAACAUCACAAA